AAAAUAAAAUAAAAAUAACACACACAAAAAGUAUGUUCCAAACCUUAAAAAACGACUACCAAAUUUGUGAAGAAAUUGGUCGUGGUAGAUUCGGUACUGUCUACCGUUGUAUCUGCCCGUUAACCGGAGAUUCCUUUGCUGUUAAAUCCAUCAACAAAAACAUCCUUAAAGAUUCCACCGACCGUGAAUGUCUCAUUAAAGAACCCAAAAUCCUUCAACAUCUUAACGGUAACCCAAACAUCCUUAAUCUCUACAAACUCUAUGAAAAUGACGAUUUUCUCCAUUUGGUAACUGAUUACUGCCCAAAUAGCGAUUUAUACGAACGGGUUUCGAAUGGGCCUUUACCCGAACCCGAAGCAGCUUUAAUAUUAACCCAAUUAGUUACCGCGGUUAAUUACUGUCAUCAUAUGGGUGUGGCUCACAGAGAUAUAAAGCCAGAUAAUAUAUUAUUUGAUUCAAUGGGUAAGUUGAAGCUGUGUGAUUUCGGGUCGGGUGAGUUUAUUGUGGGGCCCAGUAUGAGUGGUGUUGUGGGGACACCGUAUUACGUGGCACCUGAAGUGUUGAUGGGGAAAGAGUAUAAUGAGAAAGUGGAUGUGUGGAGUUGUGGUGUUAUUUUGUAUAUUAUGAUAUCUGGUGUUGUUCCUUUUUAUGGUGAUAAUGCUAGUGAGACUUUUCAAGCUGUUAUGAGGGCAAAUUUGAGAUUUCCCACUAGGCAUUUUAGGUCUGUUUCGAGUGAAGUUAAAGAUUUGUUAAGGAAGAUGUUAUGUAAGGAUGUUUCUAGAAGAUUUUCAGCUGAACAAGUACUGAGACACCCAUGGGUGAUUAAUGGAGGAGUGAAAAGAUCAAUGGCUGAUUGAACCUGAAGAAGAUUACUGGUUUUUGCUAACUAUCCUAUAAUAACUAGCAGUACAAAUCUUGAUAAGCUUUUGCUGUAUAUAUUACCAGACAAUGUCACUAGCCCCAAUGUUUGAAGAUUUGGUUAAAUGGUCACUCUGAAAAGGAAGAGAAUGAGGAGAAACUAAGCCCCUUUUGCAAGUUGCUUGAUACCAAGUUCUACUAAAGAUUGACGGGUGUGUGUCGGAUCCUCUAAAUUAGUGUACUUUUGAAGGAUCCGACACGGGUGCGGUUGGAGAGUCCGAGCUACUUACAAUACAACAGGGGAUUCCUCUUUAAAAUUUUUCUCCUUUUGGGUCCUUGCUGCUGUGUUGUGGAGAAGAAUCUUAUUGAGGAUAAUGAAUCUCCUAUAUAGUUUGAGACAAAAAAAAAAAAAAAAAAAACAAAGAAGAUUUCCGGCUAUGUAAAAAUCUAUGCUAUUUUUCCCACUUUUAUAUGUUUUAUGGUAUAUGAAAGGUUGAGGAAGAGAGGGAAGGAUAAGUGCUUAUCCUUCAGUUUUGUUUGUGAUGAAGCAUCGUUCAGUUUUGUUUAGAGGAGCACUAUGUAUUAUGUAAUAAAGGUUGCUGCUUUUAUUAUAAUAUAAUAUGGAUCUUUAAGAUA